AUGCAGCCCGAGGUUCGCCGUUCGCCGUUGGAUAACAGCGCCCGAUUGAUUGAUCGGACGGCUCCGCGCUUGUCCCAUCGAUCGCGGUGCGUUGUCGGUGUCUCAUUCCCCGGUCCGUCCGUCCCGCCCUGGAUUUUGUGUGCUGCCCUCCCUGGUUGGUGGCCAUCCCUCCCGGAUGAAGUAUGGGAGCAUGUCUUCUCGUUCGUGGAGUCGGAUAGCGAUCGGAACUCGAUCUCAUUGGUGUGUCGUGGUUGGCACCGCCUCGAGCGGCUCACUCGCCGCCGGCUCUUUGUGGGAAACUGCUAUUCCGUGGCCCCAUCUGCGGCGGCGAGGCGGUUUACGGCGCUGAGAGCCGUGGCGGUGAAGGGAAAGCCUCAUUUUGCUGAUUUUAACCUCGUGCCGGCUGGAUGGGGCGCUGGAGCUGGUGCGUGGGUGGCGGCGUUAGCUGCGGCGUGCCCGCAGCUUGAGGAGAUCAGGUUCAAGCGGAUGGUUGUCUCGGAUGAGUGCUUGAAUGUGAUCUCGAGAUCGUUUAAGAAUUUUAGGGCUUUGCUUCUAGCUUCGUGCGAGGGUUUCGGCGGCGAUGGGCUAUCCGCCAUUGCUGCUAAUUGCCGACAUUUGAGAGUGCUAGAUUUGCAGGAGAAUGAAGUGGAUGACAGGUGUGGAAACUGGAUGAGCCACUUUCCAGAGUCUUUCACCUCUCUUGUGUCUCUCAAUUUUGCAUGUCUGGAAGGGGAGGUGAAACUCUCUGUUCUCGAACGCUUAGUAAGCAGAUGUACCAACCUUAAGACCCUAAGGCUAAACCAAACUGUGCCUUUGGAAAGGCUUGCUAGCAUCCUUCACCGGGCCCCUCAACUCGUUGACCUUGGCACUGGCAAGUUCUCUUCAGACUAUCGGCCAGAGCUCUACGCCAAGGUUGAAUCAGCUUUUGCUGGGUGUAAGCAGCUGAAGAGCUUGUCUGGUGUCUGGGAUUCUAGUCCUCCCUUCCUCCCUGCUGUCUAUCCGGUGUGUGAAAACCUUACAUCAUUGAAUUUGAGCUAUGCCACCGUUCAAAGCCCUGAUCUAAUUGAUCUUAUAAGCCAUUGCAGGAAUAUUCAACGACUUUGGGUAAUGGACUACAUUGAGGACUCGGGCCUAAAUGCUGUUGCAGCAUCUUGCAAGCACCUUCAAGAAUUGCGUGUUUUCCCAUCAGAUCCAUUUGGCAUGGCAGCACCAGUUACUCUAACAGAGCAUGGCCUUGUCGCUGUCUCUGCCGGUUGCCCGAUGCUACAUUCUGUUCUUUACUUCUGCAGACAGAUGACAAAUUCUGCACUAAUCGAGGUUGCUCGGAAUCGCCCCAACCUCACACGCUUCCGCCUAUGCAUCAUUGAGCCUCGAACUCCAGAUUACGUCACCCUGCAGCCCCUUGAUGCAGGUUUCAGUGCCAUAGUUGAAUCUUGCAAAGACCUUCGGCGUCUCUCAGUCUCAGGCCUCCUUACUGACCAGGUCUUCAAAUCCAUCGGUGAGAAAGCCCAUCGUCUGGAGAUGCUUUCAGUGGCAUUUGCUGGGGACAGUGAUGCUGCUCUCCACUAUAUUCUAUCUGGGUGCAGUAGUCUGCGGAAACUGGAGAUCAGGGACUGCCCUUUCGGAGACAAACCUUUGUUAGUAAAUGCAGCAAAGUUGGACACAAUGCGAUCCCUUUGGAUGUCAUCUUGCUCUGUGAGCUUAGGAGCCUGCAAGACACUAGCGAAGAAGAUGCCGAAUCUUAAUGUGGAGGUGAUCAAUGAGCGAACGGGGAUGUGCGAGGUGUUGCCCAACAGCGGCUCAGUCGACAAGAUUUACAUUUACCGAACAGUGGCUGGCCCCAGAUCGGAUAUGCCACCAUUUGUUCAGAUAGUCUAGGAUGCCAUUGCCACUGGCUUUGUUAAGGUACCACUUGCAUAAUAUUUUAGUUGGACUCUUAUAUCAUUGUCUUCAAUGAUUAUGCAUGCAGAUGAUUUGCUGAUGCUAUCUUGAUUAGUUUAUUAAUAGAGAUGCAGCAUGGUGUUUGAGAGCUGAAUGAAUGCAUUGUUGUGGUCCUUAAGCACAGAGAGAGAGAGAGAGAGAGAGAGAGAGAGAGCAGUGUUAAUAAAUGAAAUUGAUGGGAUGUAAUCUUAUAUAUGGACUUUCAGUGAGGACUCUGGAGCACAGAUUGAUACUUUGUUUGUACAUUGAGAAUCCUUUUUUUUUAAUUAUUUUUUUCCUGUACUUAGGCUGAAUUUACAUCUUUUGUACUUCAUGCUUUUGAAAACAUUAAAUGUUCUUAAUUGAACCUCUGUUUAAGGCUCUUUAAAGCUUC